AUGUCAGGGAUUUGGUGCAUUUUACUCCUUGGUGGCUGGCUGGCGUGGUCAGGCGGAGCUGCUGGUCCGGGAGCUGUCAUCAGGAUCGACCUUGGAACGAUCGACCACGCGGUCUCCACUGCUCUGAACGAGAGUGAUGUUCUGCAGAAAAUGGCAGAGGAAGCUGCAAAAAAAAAGCCAAACGCCAAACCCAUCAAAGGCAUCUCAGGCGUGGAAAGGGCGCUGGCGCCAACCCUGGCGGCCACCAGCCGGCUGCGGCAGGACUCCGCGGGCAUCCCCAGCUUCAGCGCCAGGAACUGCCACGUCGCCCUCAUUAGCGUUAAAACCAACCUCCCCAGCAGCAUGCUGCCCAAAGUCUUGAGCAAGUUUCUGGACAGCACCCUGCAGAAAGUGCUGCCGGGUCUGCUGUGUCCAGCCAUGGAUGCAGUGCUUGACCUUCUGAAUGCAAAACUCACCACCAUGACUUCCGAGAUCCCUCUUGGGACUGCUGGGACCCUCCAGUACGCUUUGCUGAACCCCCCAGAGAUGAAUGAAACUUUCAUAGAGCUGGAUUUGAAGACCAUUCUCCACCAAAAGGAGGGCAAGGAGGUUGACCUUCCCACGGACCAACCAUCUCUUGCUUCUCUGCCACCAAAAAGGGAUGCUGCUACCCAGCUUAUCCUGUCCGCAGACUUCUUGAGUGCUGAGCUCUCUGUUCUUCAGGCGUCCUUCAACCUGAACAUCAGCAAUAACAUGGUCCUGGGGCUUCCCCCGCUGACGACCACGAUGCUGGGAGCCCUCAUCCCUGAGAUUUCCAGGCUGCUGCCUCCAUCACAGCCGGUGGUGGUUGAAAUGCGAGAAGCGAAAGCACCAGUGGUGACGAUGUCCCUGGACAAAAGCUUUGUGCAGCUCUUCAGCACUGCCGAGUUUUGGGUUUCCCCUUCAGAUUCUUCUGCCGAAUCCCUCUUCGUCCUGGAUGUCCACAGCAACCUGGAGGCACAGUUCACUGUUGCAGAAGAAAAGCUGCAGCUCUCCCUCGCUCUGCAAAGCCUGUCUCGGGUGGCCUUGGCUUCCUCCCCCCCCGGGGCGGUUGGUGAGCUUCCACUGAAAGGAGUUUUGGCAGAUAUUCUUCAUGUGGCUUAUGUGCCAUCCAUCAACAAAAAACAGAAGCUCGUCCAGAUCCAUUCAGCAGUAGUGGCAAUGCUGAUAUUCAAGAUUCACUAG